CACAAAACUGAUAUCGGUGGCGCAAAAUGUCAAACGACAAAUUUUCAACUCCUGACAUCUCUCACUUACGACAGGAGGACUUUGAGCACGUGUAUGAGCCGGCCGAGGACACCUUUCUGUUUCUGGAUGCUCUGGUUCAAGAGCAUGAUUUUCUUGAAAAGAGAAAACCAACAUGCUGUGUUGAAGUAGGAUGUGGGUCUGGGAUGUGUAUAACUUUUCUGGCGAAGAUGUUAGGCACCUCAGCCGCCAUGUAUUGGUGCACAGACAUUAAUCCAUUGGCCGCACUAGCAGCAAAGAGGACUGCUCAACAGAAUGGUGUCACAGUUAUACCAGUACUCACAGAUUUGGUGGAAUGUCUAAAGCCUCGACUAAAACACCAGGUGGACGUGUUGUUAUUUAAUCCUCCCUAUGUUGUAACACCACCAGAGGAGGUGGGCAGUAGUGGCAUCGAAGCAUCAUGGGCUGGGGGUUAUCAUGGUCGCGAAGUGAUGGACAGACUUUUCCCACAAAUUCCUGAUAUUCUCUCACCUCAGGGAAUCUUUUACCUCGUCAUUAUCAAAGAGAAUAAGGCGGAUGAGAUCGAAGGCAUCAUGAAAGGUUAUGGGUACAAGAUGUGGACAGUAUUAACACGAAGAUCAGGACCUGAACUUCUCUCCAUCCUCAAGUUUACCAGAUAACACAAACUGAUAGACAUUCUCCCAACCUUAACUAGUGGGUCUCCCGAUGCAGCGAGGAAACAUCUUGUCGGCUCCCAUGGGGAGAUAAUCUUGUGCAGUCAUGAUAUGUGUCGCCAUUGUCAACAGAAUAGUCGGAGCAGGAAGAGAUGUGAUUUGUGCAUAUUUACGAAUAAUUAAUGAGGUGUAAGGCUUUUUUCUUUCUUCAAGUUUCAAGCUAUACAUUAUGUCUCAACAGCACGAUACUCACAUGUUUAAACCUAACCUACAAUUUGUCCUGCAAGCUAGGGAAAUAAAUUCCACAAAUUUGCUUGUUUAUGAGCUGAUGUCCAUUUGUAGUUAUGAAGUGUUCAUAGGUCCUUUCACUCUAAUCUGUUUAUGUGUAAUUGUUAUUGUUAGAAAUUAUUUCUGGUGUUAUUUUUGAUUUACAGGGUUCAUACAGACCUUCAUUUCAAACCUUUGAAUUUCAAGUAACAAACCUGUAUGCACUCUGAUUAACAAUGCUGGAAUAAACGUAUGAUGAUGAUAAAGAAUAGUCUGUUUAUUUGUUAUUUAUUAUGACCUAUAUAGUUGUGUAACACAGGGUCAGUUACACAACAUUUCUAACACAACCCUCUGAAAUAAUUCCUACUUGUUUUUAACCCACCUGGGUAUUAUUGGUGGUGAUUUGUUGUCUGUUAUCAAUUAACUUCUGCAUUGAACAACAUUUCAAAAACUACUGAGGAGAAUUUAACCAAAAUUUGGUGCAAGCAUCCUUACAGCCUUGAGGAUCGAAAAUUGUAAAAAUGAAGUGGAUGAUGCUGUUUUUGGGCCGAGAGGUCAAAUAGGCCCGGUUAAAUUAGGACAUAUCCUCCCACAGUACACGGUUGUUAAGGAAAUCAUAGUGGUAGCUUGUAUGGCCAAUGGGGAUCUGAAAUUACUGUAAAAGGGGAAAUUUGUGCCUGUCCAAUGUUAGGGUUGUUAAUCCUCAGGGAACUGAUCAUGUUGUUAUUUCUCCUGUCCAAUGUUUGGGUUGUGAAUCCUCAGGGAACUGAUCAUGUUGUUAUUUCUCCUGUCCAAUGUUUGGGUUGUGAAUCCUCAGGGAACUGAUCAUGUUGUUAUUUCUCCUGUCCAAUGUUUGGGUUGUGAAUCCUCAGGGAACUGAUCAUGUUGUUAUUUCUCCUGUCCAAUGUUUGGGUUGUGAAUCCUCAGGGAACUGAUCAUGUUGUUAUUUCUCCUGUCCAAUGUUUGGGUUGUGAAUCCUCAGGGAACUGAUCAUGUUGUUAUUUCUCCUGUCCAAUGUUUGGGUUGUGAAUCCUCAGGGAACUGAUCAUGUUGUUAUUUCUCCUGUCCAAUGUUUGGGUUGUGAAUCCUCAGGGAACUGAUCAUGUUGUUAUUUCUCCUGUCCAAUGUUUGGGUUGUGAAUCCUCAGGGAACUGAUCAUGUUGUUAUUUCUCCUGUCCAAUGUUUGGGUUGUGAAUCCUCAGGGAACUGAUCAUGUUGUUAUUUCUCCUGUCCAAUGUUUGGGUUGUGAAUCCUCAGGGAACUGAUCAUGUUGUUAUUUCUCCUGUCCAAUGUUUGGGUUGUGAAUCCUCAGGGAACUGAUCAUGUUGUUAUUUCUCCUGUCCAAUGUUUGGGUUGUGAAUCCUCAGGGAACUGAUCAUGUUGUUAUUUCUCCUGUCCAAUGUUUGGGUUGUGAAUCCUCAGGGAACUGAUCAUGUUGUUAUUUCUCCUGUCCAAUGUUUGGGUUGUGAAUCCUCAGGGAACUGAUCAUGUUGUUAUUUCUCCUGUCCAAUGUUUGGGUUGUGAAUCCUCAGGGAACUGAUCAUGUUGUUAUUUCUCCUGUCCAAUGUUUGGGUUGUGAAUCCUCAGGGAACUGAUCAUGUUGUUAUUUCUCCUGUCCAAUGUUUGGGUUGUGAAUCCUCAGGGAACUGAUCAUGUUGUUAUUUCUCCUGUCCAAUGUUUGGGUUGUGAAUCCUCAGGGAACUGAUCAUGUUGUUAUUUCUCCUGUCCAAUGUUUGGGUUGUGAAUCCUCAGGGAACUGAUCAUGUUGUUAUUUCUCCUGUCCAAUGUUUGGGUUGUGAAUCCUCAGGGAACUGAUCAUGUUGUUAUUUCUCCUGUCCAAUGUUUGGGUUGUGAAUCCUCAGGGAACUGAUCAUGUUGUUAUUUCUCCUGUCCAAUGUUUGGGUUGUGAAUCCUCAGGGAACUGAUCAUGUUGUUAUUUCUCCUGUCCAAUGUUUGGGUUGUGAAUCCUCAGGGAACUGAUCAUGUUGUUAUUUCUCCUGUCCAAUGUUUGGGUUGUGAAUCCUCAGGGAACUGAUCAUGUUGUUAUUUCUCCUGUCCAAUGUUUGGGUUGUGAAUCCUCAGGGAACUGAUCAUGUUGUUAUUUCUCCUGUCCAAUGUUUGGGUUGUGAAUCCUCAGGGAACUGAUCAUGUUGUUAUUUCUCCUGUCCAAUGUUUGGGUUGUGAAUCCUCAGGGAACUGAUCAUGUUGUUAUUUCUCCUGUCCAAUGUUUGGGUUGUGAAUCCUCAGGGAACUGAUCAUGUUGUUAUUUCUCCUGUCCAAUGUUUGGGUUGUGAAUCCUCAGGGAACUGAUCAUGUUGUUAUUUCUCCUGUCCAAUGUUUGGGUUGUGAAUCCUCAGGGAACUGAUCAUGUUGUUAUUUCUCCUGUCCAAUGUUUGGGUUGUGAAUCCUCAGGGAACUGAUCAUGUUGUUAUUUCUCCUGUCCAAUGUUUGGGUUGUGAAUCCUCAGGGAACUGAUCAUGUUGUUAUUUCUCCUGUCCAAUGUUUGGGUUGUGAAUCCUCAGGGAACUGAUCAUGUUGUUAUUUCUCCUGUCCAAUGUUUGGGUUGUGAAUCCUCAGGGAACUGAUCAUGUUGUUAUUUCUCCUGUCCAAUGUUUGGGUUGUGAAUCCUCAGGGAACUGAUCAUGUUGUUAUUUCUCCUGUCCAAUGUUUGGGUUGUGAAUCCUCAGGGAACUGAUCAUGUUGUUAUUUCUCCUGUCCAAUGUUUGGGUUGUGAAUCCUCAGGGAACUGAUCAUGUUGUUAUUUCUCCUGUCCAAUGUUUGGGUUGUGAAUCCUCAGGGAACUGAUCAUGUUGUUAUUUCUCCUGUCCAAUGUUUGGGUUGUGAAUCCUCAGGGAACUGAUCAUGUUGUUAUUUCUCCUGUCCAAUGUUUGGGUUGUGAAUCCUCAGGGAACUGAUCAUGUUGUUAUUUCUCCUGUCCAAUGUUUGGGUUGUGAAUCCUCAGGGAACUGAUCAUGUUGUUAUUUCUCCUGUCCAAUGUUUGGGUUGUGAAUCCUCAGGGAACUGAUCAUGUUGUUAUUUCUCCUGUCCAAUGUUAGGGUUGUGAAUCCUCAGGGAACUGAUCAUGUUGUUAUUUCUCCUGUCCAAUGUUUGGGUUGUGAAUCCUCAGGGGACUGAUCAUGUUGUUAUUUCUCGUUGGCAAUGGUUCUGA